UGUGCAGGGUGUGUUGUAGAGGUAGAGAGAGCAGGCAGGAAGCAGUGUGUGAGGCAGACAGACAGCAUGGUUAGAGCAUGCAGGGCGGACCAGCCACGGCUCUCCAUGUAGCCCAGUGCAGCACAAGCUAGAGGGGGGGAGUCCGAGGAGCCACCAGGACCUACUCAUCUCACUAACAGCCAGGAGCUCUCUCUCCACUCAGGCUACUGGCUUUUUUUUCAGGGAUAGACUUCAGAGGAACAACUUCAAAUUUCAUUUUUUUUUCUCUGGCUGGCUUUGGUGUUUACUUUCGAGGAGCCUUUUUUGUAUAUUUGGGGACACCUGGGGAAUAGUUAUUGUUUUGACUGGGUCUUGACUGGGCUGGGUGGGCGCUCCAAGGGACCGCAUGCAUGACACAACGCAAAGGCGAGAAGACCACCAUCAGCAUCCAGGAGCACAUGGCCAUUGACGUGUGCCCUGGCCCCAUCCAGCCCAUCAAGCAGAUCUCUGACUACUUCCCCCGCUACCCGCGGGGUCUCCCCCCGACAGCACCCCCCGCCCUCAGCCGAGCCGGCUCGCUGCACUCCUCCUCCGCCAGCCACAACUCUGGGGAUGACCCGGCCCACUCCCACACCGGCGACGACCCGGACCGGGUGUUUGGCGGUGCCGCCGCCCCAACACCUGCGGCGACUGGCAAGAAGGAGGAGGAACCGGACGUGGAGGGCUAUGACUCGGACGACUCAACUACAUUGGGGACCCUGGACUUCAGUUUACUGUAUGACCAGGAAAACAACGCUUUGCACUGUACCAUCAACAAAGCCAAGGGGCUAAAACCCAUGGACCACAACGGGCUCUCAGAUCCAUAUGUCAAACUGCACCUGCUGCCUGGGGCCAGUAAGGCCAAUAAGCUUCGCACCAAGACCCUGCGCAACACCCUCAACCCCAUCUGGAGUGAGACCCUGACCUACUAUGGCAUCACCGAUGAGGAUAUGGUCCGCAAAACACUCAGGAUUUCAGUGUGUGAUGAGGACAAGUUCCGCCACAAUGAGUUUAUCGGAGAGACACGCAUUCCCCUCAAGAAACUCAAGCCCAACCAGACCAAGAACUUCUACAACUGCUUAGAGAAACAGCUACCUAUCGACAAGACAGAUGACAAGUCCCUGGAGGAGCGAGGGCGUAUCAUGAUCUCCCUCAAGUACAGUUCCCAGAAGUCUGGCCUGGUGGUGGGCAUUGUCCGCUGUGCCCACCUCGCCGCCAUGGACGCCAACGGCUUCUCAGAUCCCUACGUCAAAACGUACCUGAAGCCUGAUGAAAACAAAAAGUCAAAGCACAAGACUGCUGUGAAGAAGAAGACCCUCAACCCAGAGUUUAACGAGGAGUUCUUCUAUGAAAUCAAAUACGCCGAUCUCAGCAAGAAGACACUGGAGGUGACCGUGUGGGAUUACGACAUUGGCAAGUCCAACGAUUUUAUAGGUGGUGUAUCCCUGGGCAUCAGCGCCAAUGGGGAGAGGCUCAAACACUGGUUCGACUGUCUCAAAAACAAGGACAAGAAAAUUGAGCGCUGGCACACUCUGACCAACGAACUUCCUGGUACAACAUUCAACGACUAAUGGCCCAUCCACACUACCUACACAUUUGCAAGUAAGGCCCCUCCCAUACUUGCUGUGGACAGGAGUUCAGCCUUGAUCGACCAAUUUACCAAAUCACACUCCAGCUUUCCCAUUUCCGGAGACAUUUACCAAAUCACAGCUCUUGUUUUCUGUAUUUCUCUCCCAAGGUUUUGAGCUCACUCAUUAUCUUCUAUCCCCUUCUGAUAAUGUGCUGUCUUUAGGGCUUAUUUGAUGAUUCUGCACCUGCAGCUGUCCACGAAACACCGGUUUGGCAGUGUUGAGAAAGAGUCUGAUGUAUGUCCCAACAAAACCAUAAGUGUGCAACACAUGGGAAACACAAGGUUUGCUGCACAAAACUAGAGAAUAUAUUAUAUUUCAAUUGUUUGCUGUCCAGAGAUGCAUAUUCACUAGGUUUACUGGCAAAUGUACUGGCAGAUAUGGGGAAUGUGCACUUUGUUGAAAAGUGUGGAUUAUUUACUUCAGACACUGCUCUAAAAAGCAUGUCAUGUUUACAAGUCUAGGACGCAGCUCCACACACCUAUGAUGUUCCUCUCAAGUUCGUCUUUGCAGGAGAAAGGGGGAAAAAGACACACGUAAUGUGUUUUAUAUAGAUGGUUUACUUUCAGGCCAUUGCAAAUGUCUAAUCCUGUGAUGAAGGGUUUGGGCUAGGAGAGGGAAAUGAGGAAGGGGUGAGGCAUUUUUAAUAAAGUAGCGCUAAGUAUCUUGUUGCUUGUGUUUCAGUUGUUUUUUUAGUAGAGUAAAAUGUACACUACCCCAAUCAGUGUAUCAGAUGAAUGUAGACUAUAACCCUUCUAUCCCACAGUACAGUAACUCCUCUGAGAAUGUGCACCCAAGUGCUGUGUGUUAUUGAACCAGUUCAUACAUAAAAUUCAAGGUCUGAUAAACAUCAGAGAGUUGCAUUGGAUGGCAUGGGAGGAAGAGAAUUGAACUUCUGCAGCCCCAUUGGCAAACUGUCAAUGAUGUUGCUUGAGGCGGAACAUUGUCCAUAGAUCUAUAUUUUUAAUGACAUGAGGGCUGUCAUGGAACUACCGAUUCAUAGUUAAUGUAGUGGAAUGUACGAGUUGGCGCUGCUUAGUCCCAGAACCCUAUUUAGUCGAUGAGAAGGCAAUAUGACUCAGAACACACUUCACACUUAUUUGAUAUCAAAGCACGGUUUGAUCGUUGUGCAAAAUUAAGCAUUUUAUAUUCACCUUUUUAUUGUUGCCUGUUGUCUAAGAAAUCACAGGGCUAAAAUGUAUGUUUAUGUGUGCGUGCACAUGUUUGUACUGUAUGUAUGUUGGUGAACGCAACCAACAAAUUGUCCUUUUAAUUGUGAAAUAUUCAACUGGCCAAUUCUUAGCCAACAGGUAAUCAUUGUAUAUGUAUUGCUAGUGUUUUCCAUUGUACAUGUUGUUGGCAUUCAAACUUGAACUGUACUUUUAGUUUAUGUAUAGCAGCAUACAACCAGUAUAUACCCGACAGGACAUGAUUAUAAGUUGUUUAAUUUUGUGUUAUAAUUUAUUUUACCCAUUGUGAUAUUUUUGACAGCUUUUGUCUUCCUUUAAUAAUCUCAAAUUGUGUUCCAUUUCAUUCUUAAACAUGCAGUGAGCUUAAUCUCGAGGGUAUUUUUCAUUUUCAUUGACCUACCCAUGUGGGUUUAACGUUCCUACUUCAUCUUCACAGUUUACUCAAGAGAGGGUCAAAUAUUCCACCUGUCUAUCUGAGCGUUAGUCUCUCUGGCCUGGUGUGGAGAGUGAAACACUAACUCUCAUUGGCUAUGCAGCAGUCAAAUAUCUUCCCCCUCUACUAAUGAGAAAUUGUUUUGGACACAAAGGUCCAACACUAUCUCUUCAUCAGUCCUACAGGGGUCAGGCAGGCAUGAAGGUGGUCUCUUUCUCAAAUGCAUAUACAGACGCAACAGCAGCCCAACCUGUGGAAUUUUGUAAUCUGUUUGCCUUUGUACUCAAAACUGGAUAUUAUGACAAAAAUGCAUGCAGAUGUUAUUGGUUUGUCAUGAAAUGACUUUGCUUAAUGUUUGAUACUGCUGUUUUUUCUGUGAAAAAAAUAACACAACUGUGGAUGCUACAAGAAUGUCAAUAUUUCUUCUGGACAACGUUUUGUACCUUUGAACACUAUCGCAUUGACUGUCUGGGGAUGUGACUGCACGUGAAGAAAAUCUCUGCCUCUGUUUUGUUCCUUUUUUUAACACUCAGGCAAUUGUUUGCAUAGUUCUGGUGGUUCUCUGGUUUUCAAAAAAUUAUUAAGAAAAACAAUUCGAUUUUCUCCUAUUUCAUUAGUCUUGGCACGGAAUGGCCGUAUGAUUGUGCCUUUUCUUUUGUAACAGUGUAUUUUUGCACCACUCAAGAUUAGAUCAUAGCUUUUAAUAUGGAAAUAAUACAUGGCACAUUUAUAUUUCUGUAUAUGCGUUAAUAUCAGAACACUGUUUCCCUCUUUGAAUAUUUCCCACCCAAAUGACACGAGGCCAGUGUCAUUCCACUAUGUGAUGGUGUUGACAGUGAGGGCAGGGUGCAAGGUUGAGGUGGAAGCAUGGAUUUAUACAUCUGUGGAUGGAAGAGGUCACAAUGAAAGGCAACAGGGUCUGUAUUAACAAAGUGUCUCAGAGAAAGAGUGCUGAUCUAGGAUCAGUUUUGCCUUUUAAAUUACAAUGAAUUAUAUUAUAUGGACAGGGGUGACCUGAUCCUAAUCAGCAUCCCUGGUCUUAGACGCUUUGUGAAUGCGAGCCCAGAUCCUGAUUUCAGAACGUAGUACACAAACCACAGAUAAGCCAGUAUGCCAAGUUACAUCUUCUACUUAUAUGGAGGAUGUUUUAGUGUAUUUUUUUACAGUAAACCGAAUGUGGCAGACUGGUGAUGGAAAGGCUGUGAAUUUAAUUAGUCUGAGCUUAUUAUCUUGGUCAGGUGUUUUUUUGUACUGACAAUUACAUCUGUGGCAAGUUGCCAAGCAUGCCACAGAACAUUGUGUUUUGUAAGCUGUUUUCGGCUCACUGAAGGUAUUCAUCUUCAAGUAACAACGAUAGGGUUACCAAUAUUGAGCGUGCACCAUAUUCAUUACAUUAUCCAGUUAUGUACAUUUUUGACCCAGCAAAAAAACUCUACCAGAAACCAGAAUAUUUCUUAUUUUAUCCAUGUUUUAUUUAUUUUAAGUAUUACAUUAUUCCUUACAUUUGUUUUUUACUCUGGCGAAUGGCGUGCUAUUUGUAUGUUUAAAUUUGAAAUCUUGUUCAAUAAAGUAGAGAGCCUAAA